CUAGCGACGGCAAUAGCGUUCCUGUUUCCUCUGAGAGCCACUUGUCUGAAACCCAGACGCAUCCCACGUAGGUGGGGGGUAAAGCAUUAGUACCAGGCAGGGGGUAAUUAGGCUUUUUAAAUCGCAUAUUAUUGCCUUGCUGUCACUGACAAUCUUUAGCAUUCUGUAACAGAUACAAAACGGAUAUGUCGCACUGUUUGUUCUCACGGCCCCCCCAGGGCUCUCAAGUUUCCGUUACUUGGUUCUCAACAUUUUAACGUUGCAUCAUCGUUACUUUGUGCCCAAUAUCCUGCCGCCUCGAGCGCUGCUGGUCAGAUGGCGUCUCGCGGUAAUCUCCUUAGCACCGCGUGCCGCAUGUUCUGAAUGAGAGAGAUUGUGAAAUCCUACCUAUCAUGUGAAGGCUUUGGUUGUGGUUUGUGUGUUGGUGUGGGUGGGUGGGUGUGUGUGUGUGUGAGGGACAGAGACAGUGUAACAGAGAGCUAAGCUUUGUAGCCUCACCCUAAGGGCACUGGACUGUAAAAAAUGUCCCUGUAACCCUGGGACCAUGAAACCAUGACAGUCAUCACUUAUUCAAGCGCUGCUGGAAUGCUUCAGAAAGAAAUCCAGGUUCUUGAACAUCCCUCUGCCUCCGGGAAUGUUCCACAACCCCUGUCUGAGAUUCUAGAACCUCGGACCAUGCUGGACCCCUCAGAGAAUACGAUUCUGGAAUCUUGUGGGGUCAAAGGCCAGAGACGGGUUGAACAGAGUAACGAUGACGACGGAAGAGCAAAGGGAGAGAAAGCGAAAAGGAAGAUACAAACAUGGGAGAGAGGAGUCAGCAGAGAGAGGAUGAAAAGAGGAGGGAGAGAGGAGCAGUGUAACGUAAGGAAUACAUGCAACAAGGAAGUCAGAAAAGACCUAAAAAGUGGGGGGGAAUGCAUGGAAGGAAAGGGCAAGAGCAAGAGAGGUGUCUCAGGGAUUCUGUCUGCAGAAACAAAAGUCGAAAUCAAGCAAAGGGAGAGAAGGAUGGGGAAAAGGAAGAGGUGGCCUGUUUUUUCGAGGCCAUUUCACCUGAAAAACAUCACUGAAGGACAAGUGAAGAGAGGGAAAAACAUGAUGAAAGGGAUGAGGUGGAAUCAUAUCUUCCUCUGGUUAACUCUCUUCCUCUUCAGCCUGUGUCCAAACCCUGCUUCAUCACAGGGAAAUUUCCCGCAAAUGGAGAACAUUGCUGCCUUCAAACCCGUGACCACCUCUCCGGCUCGAUCCACCUGUGGGGUUCCAGAGCGGAGCAGCUACUGUCAGUCACCAUCCUCCCAGACCGAGCUGGUGACAUGUUAUCAGGCGUUCUGUGUCCAGGAGUGUCCCUAUAGAUCCUCCACACCUCCGUAUGCCCCCCUGCUACUGCCUGCACACAGGGGCACGUGUAUAACUGAAGACAGUAAUGACACUCGUCCUGGGACUCAGACAGAGACUGGAACCACUACCAGUUCAGAGGGGGUUUCUGGUGGAUCCAGUAGUGUGCUGUUUCGGCCAGUCCAGGAUGGAUGUCUGGUCUCUCCCCCCUCACAGAAACUAGGAGCGUUGGGUUCCCUUACCCUGGCAUUGUGGAUAAAACCAAGCUCUCCUGGAGAGAUGAUGCUGCUGGAGAAGAGCUCAGGGGAACAGUUGUUUUAUUCUGUGACAGUGUCCGAGCAGGCGGUCACCCUGCGGUAUGGUCUGUCCAGCAGUCAGACUCCUCUGACUGUCAGCUUCAGAACAGAGGGGAGGCUUACACUGGAAAGGUGGACACACCUUGUUUUGCAGGUCCAUGGCAGACGUGUGAGUCUAUUCCUGGAUGGGCUUGAGGCGGAUGAGACACCAUUUGACACACAACCUCUGACGGCCAGGCUCUCUGAUAUUGGCGAGGAUGGUGCCAUGUGGGUGGGACUCGGCUCUAAUGGGUCUAAUCAGUUCAUUGGGCGAAUGCAGGACUUUAGAUUUUAUCCUGCCACUCUGACCAACAGGGAAAUAGUGGAGGUGUACUCAGGGGUCCUGCCCAAGCUCCAUGCCCAGUCAGAGUGUCGCUGUCCUCCCAGUCACCCCAGAGUACACCCUUUAGUUGAGAGAUACUGCAUUCCCAAUGAUGUUGAGGACACCACCAAUGAUAGAGUAUUAAGACUCAACCUUAAUGCCCAUCCACUCAGUUAUAUCAAUGAUCAGGACAUGGGCACCACAUGGCUGUCUAAGAUCAUGACUACACAGGAACUGGAUGAAGGAGUCACUAUUACCGUGGAUUUGGCUAAUGGACAAUACCAGGUAUUCUACGUUAUAAUUCAGUUUGGCGGCAUCUUGCCUGAGUCAAUUCUGAUACAAAGACGGAGGCUUGACCUCACAGAACCUGAGGGUGGCACCACCACAGAACAGCCCUGGUUGGACUGGCAGUAUAUGGCCAGAAACUGCAGUGUGUUUAAAAUGCAGAACAAUGGGCCUUUACUGAGACCAGACUCAGUCAACUGUCUGCAGCUGCCCAGUGAUGUGCCCUACUCUGGAGGUAACAUCAUGUUCAGCCUGCUGACCCCAGAGCCAAACCCGAGGCCAGGCUAUAAUGACUUCUACAACACUCCUAGCCUACAGAAGAUGGUACAAGCCACCCAGGUCAGGAUAUACCUGAGUGGACAAUACCACACCAGAGCAGCUGGGGUGAACCAGCGACACAGCUACUAUGCCAUCAACGAGAUCACCAUCAGUGGCAGAUGUGAGUGUCACGGCCAUGCAGACCACUGUGAUACCAGUGUAACGCCAUACCGCUGUCUGUGUCUGCCCGAGAGCCACACAGAGGGAAACAAUUGCCAACGUUGUGCGCCCCUCCACAAUGACAAGCCAUUCAGGUCGGGUGACCAGCUCCAGCCUAUGAACUGCCGGUCUUGCCAGUGUCACGGCCAUGCCCUCUCAUGUUAUUACAACGUCUUAGCCGAUGACCAACCAGAUGAGCACUAUCGAGGAGGAGGAGGUGUCUGUGACAACUGCAUGCACAACACCACGGGUAAGCACUGUGAGCUGUGUUUAAGUGGGUUUUUCAGGCUGGAGGAAUCUGAUCCCACUUCAGUUGAUGUGUGUCAGCCUUGCAAUUGUCACACUGCUGGAACAGUCAACGGCAGCAUGGAGUGUGCCCAGGUAGGAGGUCAGUGUCGAUGUAAGGUUGCAGUAACAGGUCGUCGGUGUGCAGACUGUUUGCCUGGUUGGUAUAGUCUUAAAGCCUCAAAUCCAAAUGGCUGCAUCCGCUGCAACUGCAGUGACAUUGGCAUCAUCAGCACCUCAACAGGAGGAGUUCCCAGUUGCAACCAGGACACGGGACAGUGCCAGUGUAAACCCCAUGUCACAGGUCUUUCUUGUGACCGCUGUGAGUUUGGUUAUUGGAACCUGUCCCACCCAGACGGCUGCGUCCCAUGUGACUGUGACCCCCUUGGUUCCUUCAGCCAGUUCUGUGAGCCUGAGAGGGGGCAGUGUGAGUGUAAGCCCGGGGUGGGGGGGCAGCGCUGUGACUCUUGUGGCAGGGGUUCGUAUGGUUUAAGACUGGAGGGAUCCUGUGCCCCCUGCAACUGCUCACAAGAAGGGACAGUACCUGGGACAGACUGUGAUCCUCACACAGGACAGUGUGUGUGUAAGGAACACGUGGAAGGCCGUCACUGUGACUCUUGUCGUCAUGGUUACCACACCCUGGAGCAGCGAAACUCCCUGGGCUGUCUGCCGUGUGCAUGUGACAUCCGUGGCACUGUGCCAGAGGGUGUAUGUGAUAUGUGGACCGGACAGUGCCCAUGCCGAGAGGGGGUGGAGGGAGCACAGUGUACCAACUGUGCCUACCAUUACUACAACAGAAGUUUACACCUCCAGAAGGGGUUGUCCCAGGGCUGUGUACCAUGUAUCUGUGACCCCAGAGGGACAGUGACGGGGUCAGUAUGUGACAGCACCACAGGGCAGUGUGUUUGUGUCCCUACACGCUAUGGACAGGACUGCAGUGGCUGCCGACCUGGCUUCUACCUCUCUCCAGAUAAGAGUAUGUGUGUGGAGUGUGACUGCCAUCCCAUGGGAGCAUCACAGCGUGGUUGUGAGAGCCAGACCGGACAGUGUGAGUGUGCCCAUCCAUCAGUGGGAGGGCGACGCUGUGACCAGUGUCGUGAGAUGUUCUUUGGAUUCAACCCUGGCCUGGGCAGAUGCCAGCCUUGUGCCUGUGACCCGGUCGGCAGGGUAAAUGGUUCAUGUCAUCCAGACUCAGGGAUGUGUGUGUGUAAGCUGCUGGUAACUGGAGACAAGUGUGAUUUAUGUCAACCUGGAGCAAGUCAUUUCGACCCUGAGAACCACUUUGGCUGCAGUAAAGCACCCUCCCAACAACCUGCACCAGCAGGUUUUGCUCUCAGUUAUUCUUCCAUUCAUCUCUCUUGGCAUCCACCUGACUCCCCAAACUCAAACACACUCAACUACACACUCAUCAGAGAUGGACAGUCUGUGCAGAGCAUCCAAACUCACUAUCCUUUCAGCCCUGAAUCAUUUCAAGACACCGGUUUGUUUCCCUACACCAACUACUCUUAUUGGCUUAUAACAGCUAAUGUGGCUGGUGCGACAAUAAGUGCAUCGGCCUCAUACCAAACUUUAGGUGCACCACCUGAAGCAGAAAAGCUCCAUUUAAACCUUGUGGGACGACCCGGUCCAACCACUGCUAGCUUUAACUGGAGCACACCACAAAAUGAUACAGGCCCAUUGGAAAGAUUUGUGUUAUCCUCCACGGAGUCAUCUAGUGCAGCAGAACCCGUCAUUCACUACACAGGCUUAUCUACAGAGGCUGUGGCAAGCGGUCUAAAGCCCUUCACCCAGUACACUAUAAUAUUGGAGGUGUGCUCUUCUGGGGGGUGCACUUCUACCCCACCACUGUCUCUUCUGACAGCCUCUGCACCCCCACAAUACCAACCCCCACCCAGAGUCACUGCUACAGGACCUCAUACACUGCAUGCUUCCUGGGAGCCCCCCAGUCAGCCAAAUGGUGUUAUCACAAGGUAUGAGGUCUUCCUAUGUGGACCAAUGGAAUCAAAGAACCUUUCAAGUCCUAUUGUUGAGAGGAGAGUGUUCUUCAGCUCUGGUUGGCUGGAUCCAAGUGUUUCCCCAGAAGCACAGCUAACCAAUAGGAGCACAGUCUCACCCCCUGAGAGCAGUGCCAUUGUAGCAGGUCUGCAGGCGUUUUCCACCUAUCAGAUGAGAGUCGUGAGCAUCAAUAUGGCAGGAAGUGUCACAUCAGAGUGGACUGCAGCACGCACCAUGGAGGGAGUCCCAGAGUUGAUGGCUCCUCCAGAAGUGUCUGCACUGUCAUCCACCAGUCUCAAAGUUGUGUGGAGCACUGCAGAGGGUCAAGGGAUCAUUGCCAGAGGACAGGUCACAGAAUAUCGGGUCAACUUGCUCACUGAACAGACCAACAAUCCCUAUGCUCCUCCACUCGUUAGUCAGGUCUUACACAAGGUGGGACCAUCGUCACAGCCCAUUUAUUUAGUGAAAGGAUUGAAGCCUUACCAUGUGUACAACUUCACUGUUACACUCUGCACAAAGACAGGUUGCAUUACCAGUCUGCCGAGCACAGGACGUACCCUACCAGCAGCUCCAACAGGACUGUCUCUGCCUAGAUUACAUCCAGUAAAUGAAACUACCAUUCACAUAGAGUGGGACCCCCCAGCCCAACUCAAUGGACCACAACCACUAUAUCAGGUGGAGAGGACAGACGUCUCUCUCUCUGACCCACAAGGCCCUGUUGUCAGAGGAACCAGAUUCUCAGGAAGCAGUUACUACCAGUUUCCCAGUGACACCCUUCCUGUCAACACUGACUUCACAGGUGUUGAGUUGAGUUUCAAGACUCUGUCCCCAGAUGGCCUGCUGCUGUGCGCCUUCUCUCCAGGAAAUCAGGAAGAGUUCCUGGCUAUUCAGAUCAAAAAUGGACGCCCUUACUUUUUGUUUGACCCACAGGGUUCAUCGGUGGCUGUGAGUGUACAGGGUGAUGGAGGGCGCCGCUACAAUGAUGGACAAUGGCACAGCAUCAUAGCAACAAGGCGAGGGGCCGUGGGAACAAUCGUUGUAAACAAUCAAUACAGAGGUAGUGCAUCAGCUUCCAGUGGCAGCACCAUUAUUGGUGAGAACACGGGGGUGUUCAUUGGAGGGCUGCCUGAAGACUUUACUUUGCUAAGAGAGGAUUCAGGUGAUGCCCUGCUAGUGCAACAGGGUUUCUCUGGUUGCCUCAGAGACUUGAGUUUUAAGAUGACUGACAUCCCCUCAGAGAAAUGGAAAUCUCUGGACUGGGCAAAAGCCACAAAGAAGGUGGCAGUGUAUGAAAGCUGGGAGGGAUGCCCUAUUCAAACUGUGGAUGGAGCCCAUUUUCUGGGUCAUGGUUACUUGGAGAUGGGCAGAGAUGUUUUCAGUGGAGGACAGGACUUUGACAUUUCUAUGGACUUCAGAACAGAUCAGCUCAAUGCACUUUUGCUCUUUACAUACAACACACAAACUGAACACUAUAUGCUGGUGGAGCUGGAAGCCGGUGUCCUGUCCUUCAUCCUUGCCUCUGAAGGUCACGUGACUGAACUCAGCAUGUGGGUGGGGCUUAGCUACUGCGAUGGAGACUGGAAACAGCUUUCAUUGGCAAAACGCGGCUUGCUCAUCUCUGCUGCAGUCAAUGACUGGGCAGAGGAGACAAUGGGAGUGGGAGGCCCAGUGAGGCUGAGAGUUGAUUCGCCAUUAUACUUGGGGGGCGUGCCCACAGAGCUCAUACAUCCUGCUCUGGACAGCCAAAGUCACAAACACGGCCUAGGAGGUUGCAUAAGAGGUCUUACCAUACGAAGUGAUGAAACAAACCCUCCUGUCAGUCAAAGUGUCAAUCUCUUUGUUGCCCGCCGUUCUGUUAGAGUCUACUUAGACGGCUGUCCCACCAGUGAAAGUCGGUACAACUGCAGAGGAAACGAUUCAGUGUUGGUGUAUAGUGGGAGGAAGACAGAAGCCACAGAUUAUAGUCUACAGCCGUUCACUGAGUACUUGUACAGGUUUGUGGCCUUGGCUGCCGGAGGUUGGGCAGCAGGACCUUGGCAGAGAGGACGCAGCCAAAGCAAAGUACCCAGGUCUGUACUACCUCCUGCCACAGUACAGAGCUUGAAUGGCUUCAGGGCUAAGGUGAGCUGGGGGCCACCCACUGGUGACAUCAGAGGGCUGAUUGACAGAUAUGAGUUGAAGGCCUACAAUAGAGACCAGCCUGAAGUACCACCUAUCAAAGCCAUGUACCUGGCUAAUGGAAAUUUCACAGGUGUGCUGGCAGGUCUCACUCCAUCCACUCGAUACAUUAUCACUGUAAGUGCCUGUAGUCCUGUUGGCUGCACUGAGAGUCUUCAUAAUGACAGUGGUGAUGAUAAUGAUUUGAGAUCGAGCCUCACAACACCCGAGGAAGCUCCCGAUGCUGUCUUUCCUCCAGCUGCAGUCUCAUCCCCCUCAGCUCUCUAUGUUACCUGGGAACCUCCAGCAAGGCCCAAUGGAGGCAUUAUAGAGUACCUCCUCUAUCACAACAACCAAAUGGUCUACAGGGGGGAAGACAGACAGCACAACAUCACUGGUCUUGGUGUGUAUUCCACCCAUGUCUUUGUACUGAGUGCAUGCACUUCAGUGGGCUGCACCAACAGUUCACAAGUUACUAUGCUGACCUCUCAGCUUCCUCCUGGGCCUCUACAAGCACCAACUCUUACCGUGCUUGACUCGCGGACUAUUCUGGUGGAGUGGUCACGUCCAUCUCAAGUCAAUGGCGCUCUUGAGUUCUAUUCCAUCUUCCUGUCACAUGAUGGUGCAGAGCCUGUGAUAGCCUGUAACAGCUCUGAACUUUUUGAAGACCACACACUCCGCAACCUAACCCCUGGAACAGCUUACACCAUCACACUCGCUGCCUGCACAGGAGGUGGGUGUACCUUAAGCCCUCCCAGCCAGGCUCAGACUGAGGAGAGCACCCCAGAGAGUGUUCCUGCACCACUGGUCACCCCUUUGUCCCCACAUGCACUCAACAUCAGCUGGACACCUCCUGGUACUCCAAAUGGCAUAAUAACCAGCUAUGGUCUCUGGCUGGAUGGAGUUCUCAUUUUAAACUCCAGUUCCUCCCAGCGGUUCUUUGUGGUGGAGGGGCUCUCUCCAUGGAGCCGACACGUACUCAGGCUGCAGGCCUGUACAGCACGGGGCUGUGGCAAGGGACCAAUGGUGGAGAUGCGUACACUAGAGAUGGGCCCAGAAGGCCCUAUUCUGCUGGAACUGACCAAUCAGAGCUCUCGAUCAGUCCGAGCCCGCUGGACAAUCCCACCUAGACCGAAUGGGAACCUCAGCUACACACUGUACUACAAAAGCAAAGAUGGUGAUGGUGUGUUGGAUGGAAGUACAGCAGCAGGAAGCUGGUUGUCUGUGACUGACCUACAACCUUACACCAACUAUAGCUUCUGGAUCAGAUGUUGUAACACACAGGGUUGUGUUGAGAGCCUGCCACUCAAUGUUACUACAGCCCCAGCAGCCCCAGAUGGGUUGUCACCUCUGAGGUUGGCCCAUGCAACUAGUGCCAGUCUGAAUGUAUCCUGGUCCGCCCCUGCCCACUCCAACGCACCAGGCCCACUCCAUUACAGCCUGCAAAUGAGGGCAUCCCCAAAGAGGCCUGUGAUACGGCUUAUGGAAAACGCAACAGACACCUUUUCCUAUCAUGUAGAGGACCUGUCGCCGUACACGCAGUAUGCGUUUAGAGUGGUGGUUUCACACACACAUGGGCAGACAGUCGGGCCCUGGGCAACCCUGCGCACUGCAGAGGACAGUCCAGGACCAGUGGACACUCCAGCUGUAUUACGGCUCCAAUCUCGAAGUGUAACAAUGACAUGGGUUCCUCCCUCCCAACCAAAUGGCAUUAUCACCAAUUAUACCCUCUAUCUUUGCCCCAGUUCUAGCUCUUCUUUAGAUUUCAAACCCAGCUCAGGCUCCAGCACAACCCUCAACUCCAGCUUGGGUCCUAACCCAAGCCUAUUGCCCAGUACCGAGGGUGCAUAUCUUAACUCGGGUCAUAACCUCAGACCAACAUCAAGUCUUACCACCCCAGGCUCAAGCCACAUCUCCAUGUCUACUGUCAGCACAGGCAGUAAUGGCACAAUCCAAGGCACUAGACCCAACCUCUUCCCUAACCCUUUCUCUAGCUUGAGGCCUGGUAUCGCAGAAGACAACCAGAUCGAGUCCACUCGUGGAAGCAAUACAAACCAAGGCUCCGGUUCCAUCUCAUUACACCCCACUGAACCCAAUACCCCCAGUGUAAACCCAAGCCACAGUCUUUUACUAUCAAACCCACAAUACAAUGCAACCAACUCUAAUACUCAACAUAUUCUAAAACAAGACCCCUUCCACAGACCCAUCUCUGGUUUGUUUAGUUCCGCUUCAGAUUCAAGUUCAUCCUUUCUAUCAGUCACUGUUCCAGGGAAUACCACUAGCUACACUUUCCUCGACCUACUGCCAUACCACAUCUACAGCCUCCAGGUGGAGGCGUGCACUAGUGUGGGUUGUUCAGUGUCUGGGAUGUCUCAGAGCUUUCGCACCCUUCCAGCUCCCCCUGAAGGGGUUCCUGCACCUCACCUUUACUCUGACACCCCCACUUCUGUUCUCUUGUCCUGGGGUGCACCGGAGUGGAACAAUGGACCACUGGAGCGGUGGCUGAUUGAGCGCAGAGUUGCUGGGACCAAACAAGUCUCAACAGUGGGCCAUCUCCCAGCAGACCCUCCCCCCCUUUCCUUCCUGGACUCUUCAUCAGCUCUCAGUCCCUGGACUAGCUACCAGUAUCGACUUGUUCUCCAUAACCAGGCUGGCAACACCACAGGACCUUGGGUGAAUAUCACCACCAGACCCUCUCGGCCCGCUGGUCUCAGUCCACCAAGGGUGAAGGUCUUGGGGCCAGAGUCACUUCAGGUCACAUGGUCACCUCCUCUCAUUCCCAAUGGAGAAAUCCAUGGCUAUGAAAUCCGCCUCCCAGAACCCUGCAUCUUCCAUGACAGUGGAAAUACUUCUGAGCUCAACGUCACAGUAACAGACCUCAUUCCAUUCACAAACUACAGUAUCACUGUGUUGGCGUGUUCCAAGGGUGAUGGACAUGUCGGAGGAUGUACAGAAAGCCUGCCCACUCCAGCUACCACAUUACCCACAAGCCCUGAAGGCCUUGAACCGCUGUCUGUAGUGGCAGUCAGCGAGUCUUUCCUGGCCAUUUCCUGGCAACUACCCAGCAGGCCCAAUGGACCUAACAUCAGAUACAAGUUACUCAGACGUAAAACCCACCAGCCCCUGGCCAUUGCCACGGUCCCCACAGUAAUAGCCAUGUCCCCUCCCCCCUCUGAAGAUCUCCAUCGCUGGCUCCAUGUUUACUCCGGCACCAAAUUGUUCUACCAAGAUAAAGGCCUAAGCAGAUUCACCCGUUACCAGUACCAGUUAGUGGUACAUAAUGACGUGGGCUACUCCUCAGGAGAGAUUGUUACCGCAGUGACCAUGGCAGGGGUUCCCCACCACCCCCCUUCUUUGUCUGCGUACGCUAUCAAUCACACUGCUGUACAGGUCAACUGGACACAACCCUCUUUGCAAGACCUACAGGGAGACGUGGAAUCUUACUUUCUGACAAUAGAGUCUGCUCAGUCAAGUCAAGUCUUGGCUUUUUCCUCUGAGAUCAUCUCCACAGUGAUAAGUGACCUUUGGCCCAGUACCAUGUAUCUGGUGUCAUUACAGGUGUCCAACGGAGCACACAAUACAACUAAGGCAAUAGUUAAUGUCACUACAGAGGAUGGAGAGCCAGACGGGAUGUCCGCCCCAGAGGUCGUUCCAGUUAACAGCAGCACAGUACGUGUGCUCUGGUUCCCUCCUCUACGGCCCAAUGGAGCAGUUACUGGUUACUACAUCUAUGUUAAUGACCGUCUUCAUGGCAGUGUAGACAACAGCUCAGGGUCCUACCUGCUGGGGGACCUGCUGCCUUUUACUGUCUACAACGUACAGGUGGAGGUGUGUACUGUGUAUGCGUGUGUGCGGAGCAAUGUUACUCAGACAACUACUGUGGAGGACCUGCCUGCCGACCUGGCCGCGCCGCAUACAGAAGUGAUCAGUCCCAGGACGGUGAGGUUGGACUGGUCCCGUCCGGGCAGACCCAGUGGGAUCAUGCUGGGCUAUGAGGUCUUAAGACGGACCCUGAGGUCAUGUGCCGUUGGGUCAACAGAGGUCACAUCCUCUGUGGGGGAAGAGUCUGGAGGUGCAGGUGGUGUAAGGUUCAGAUGUUCCUACCUGCAGUGUCCUGCCAGUCAUGGUGUGUGUGGGACAUCCUGCUUCCAUCCUGACAUUCAGGUUUGCUGCAGUGGCCUACUGUCCACUAAGAAACCACAUCAUCAUUGCUGUGAGGGCAGUUACCUGAGUUUGAGUAAUUCCCCCAAUCCAGUCUGCUGCAAUGGCAAACUGCUCCCAGCUCUCCCUGACCACCAGUGCUGUGGAGGAUACUAUGUUCAUGUUAAAACCAAUGAAAACUGCUGUCCUGACCACUCGCAGGGCCGGGUCUCAGUGGGGCUGGGUGACAGCUGCUGUGGGGGGGUUCCUUACUCCAUGAAUGGCGGCCAGCUCUGCUGUAGUGGAAGCCUCUACGAUGGCUAUGGGGUCCAAUGCUGUGGAGGCCAGAUUGUAGAUGAUACACUGGUGUGCUGCGGUGAUGCUGAGAGGGGGGAAGUGCAUACAUAUGCCCCAGGUUUCGUCUGCUGUGGUCAAGAGUAUAUAAACUCUUCAACCUCUCUUUGCUGUGUGGGCAAUGAUGGAUAUCCCACAAUGCACCCUGCUGGCAAUGCCACAGUGACGUUGCAGUGCUGUGGGUCAAAGGUCAUACGUCAGGAAGAGGAAUGCUGCAAUGGGAUUGGGUAUGACCCUCAACGACACGUGUGUGCGGACCGACCCACACCCGGCCUGUUAAUACAGCACCAGUGUUUGCAGGGCGCCGUGUGUCCUGUAGCUGCAGCACCUACAGCAUACUGUGGCUCCUGUGACCUCGAUCCAUCUAUGACCGCCUGCACAUGGGUCCUGUCUGCACACAUACACCCUGACACACACUCCACAACAUACUCACCUUCCAUCGACACCAUACGUGAAACUCUCAGUACGGGUCCGUCUACACAUACAAACAGAAGUGAUAACACAUACAAAAUGGCAGACGCAUACAGUCACACACACACUGAGAACCUGCAAUUCGAGGGAAGCCUCUGCCCAUCGCAUGAAGAGGUAGUGUACAGCGGAGAUGCCAACAGAUACACCUAUACAGACUCUGACCUGGAGCCCUUCACCACCUAUGAGUACAGAGUGAGGGGCUGGAAUGGCUUUGGACGAGGCUCCAGUGAUGUUACAUCAGUGACCACCAGUGAAGACAAACCAUGGGGAGUGGCACCGCCCCGUUGGAGUCGCUUUGAUGAACGAGAUGACAUCAUCCAGCUGCAAUGGCAAGCACCUGCCAGGCCUAAUGGGGACAUCACCCACUAUGUUAUACUGCGGGAUGGACAAGAGCGUUACCGUGGUGAUGAAAACAGUUUUACUGACGUGGGUGGGAUCAGGCCUUUUCAGGGAUACAAUUACCAGCUGAGGGUCUGUAAUCGGGCUGGUUGUACUGACAGUACACAGGUGUUGGCAGUGACAGCCCAGGGAGUCCCAGAGGGAGUGCAGCCUCCAGUGGUAACAGCUUUAAGCCCCUCCUCCCUCCAUGUGAGCUGGUCUGAACCUAAUCGUCCCAGUGGAAUCAUACAACUGUACCACCUGAACCAGACUGGUGUCGGAACCAUAUUUACACACAACGAUGGGCCCAGAAAUUAUACCGUGAUUGGUUUGCAGCCGUACACAGACUACAGUUUUGUGCUGGUGGCCUGUACAGCUGUCGGAUGUGGAGCCAGCUUACCUUCUACAGGGCGCACCCUGCAAACGUUCCCUGCUGGUGUAUGGUCAAGGCCCAGACAUCUGAUGAUAAACACAUCUGUGGUGGAGCUGUACUGGGAUCAACCACUUCAGCCUAAUGGACACAUCUCCCAGUACAGACUGAACAGAGACGGUCACACUAUUUUUACCGGAGAUCACCGUGACCAGAAUUAUACUGACACUGGACUUCUGCCAAACCGCAGGUAUGUGUAUGAGCUGGAAGCCAGUACAGGGGGUGGGACGGGUGUGAGUGACAAAUAUGUUAUACAAACACCAGUCUCGUGCCCCACUGGGAUUCAACCUCCCCACAAUGUGACCGUGUCGGGCCCCCACUCCAUCUCUCUUGCCUGGACACCUCCUGCUCAGCUCAACAGCAGCCAGCCUGUAAACUACAACAUCCUGUUAAAUCCAGGAAGUGACAGAGCCAUAAUGCAUCGUGUUGGGCAAGGCCUGCACUUCACUGUGACAGGUCUAGAGCCAUUCACCACCUACUAUAUCAGAGUGCAGGCCUGUCAAAUUGAAGGGUGUGGAGUAGGAGAGGGUGUGUAUGUUCAGACUUUUGAGACUGCCCCAGAAGGUCUGCCGCCCCCAGUAAAGGCAGCUGGAGCCAAUGUCCUGGAGGUCCAAUGGUCACCCCCCCAAAAACCCAACGGACUCAUUACAUCCUACCAUAUAUACAGGCGUCCUGUAGGAAUAGAAGAGGAGCUGCUAGUUUUCAUCUGGUCCAGUGGGCCGCUUGAAUUUUUUGAUGCAAGCCCCGCCCUGCGACCCUUCAGCUACUUCCAGUACAGGGUUCGCGCCCACAACUCCAAAGGCUCAGUUCUGAGCCAAUGGGCUUUAGCUCAGACCUUACAGGCAGAACCACAAGAUAUGACCCCUCCCACUGUCACACCCACCGGUGCAUACUCAGCCCAUCUGAAGUGGAGUGAUCCGGGACAGCCCAACGGUCUCAUUUCCCAUUAUAGACUGGUUUACAAGAAGCACCAACAGGACCCAACGCUCAACUCAACUGCUGUUACUGCUCUCACUGUGGAGGGCUCAGUCCUAGAAGCAACAGUCUAUGGUCUUGAACCAUACAGUCAGUAUAGUCUACGCGUGGAAGCUGUGAACGAGGCUGGUAGUGUGUCCAGUCCAUGGGUAGGCAUUAAGACCUUGGAGGCUUCUCCAGCUGGCCUGGCUAACUUCACAGUGGAGCAGAGAGAGCAGGGCAGGGCGUUACUGCUGAGCUGGGAUCAGCCAAGAACUCCACAUGGAAUCAUCACGAUGUAUAACCUGUACAGUGAGGGGAACCUGGAAUUCAGCGGACUAUCACGCAACUUCCUAUUUCGUCGUUUGGAGCCAUGGACCUUGUAUUCUUUGACUCUUGAAGCUUGUACCUCAGCAGGCUGCACACGCACCCCACCUCAGCACGUCACCACAGCAGCAGCGCCACCUGCUUCCCAGCCCCCUCCCACGCCUCUAUUCGUUGGCUCAGACCGUGUGUCACUUACCUGGGGCCCUCCCUCCCAACCCAACGGGCCAAUUGGAGAAUAUUUCUUACUUGGGAGAAGUCUGGAGGAAGCGGGGAGGGGAAGAAGUAAUGAAGAGGGUGUUGAAAAGGGAAAGGUGCUGUUCAGAGAAUCAUCCCCACAACAUGCUGACACCUUCUCAUAUACAGUGACUGGUCUGCGUCCCUGGACACAGUACGAGUUCAGUGUCCGUACUCACAACCCUGCUGGACACACCCACAGCCCCUGGGUAACUGUGAUAACCAGACAGGCCCCUCCUCGUGGUCUAGCUGCCCCAUCAGUGAGACACCUCCAAGGCCAGCCCGGUGAGGUGUUGGUGUCCUGGACUCCUCCUUUGGAGCCCAAUGGGGUACUUCAGUCCUACAGGAUUCAGAGAAACAAUGUCAGUUUCUCAUUUAGUUUUGACCCUACUGUCCUCGGGUACACCGAUGAAAACGUCCUGCCAUUUUCAACAUAUAGCUACUCAAUCAUAGCCUGCACGUCUGAGGGAUGCAUCACCAGCCCUCACACAAACAUCACAACUCUAGAGGCUCCACCUGCCACAGUGGAAGCUCCCACAGUGGACAGCAUCACAUCCAAGAGUAUAAACAUUUCCUGGAGUAAACCACUGACACAGAAUGGAGAGGUGACUGAAUAUGUCUUGAAACUGAACAACGAAGAAGCUUAUCGUGGAAGAGACCUAAAUACAGUGUUGUCAGAUCUGUGGCCCCACACGUCAUAUCAGCUGGUCCUUUUAGCUUGUACCAGUGGUGGGUGCACUACCAGCGCCACAAUGUCCACUGUAACCGAGGAGGCUCCUCCCGCUGGCCUGCCUACCCCAACUCUUAAGGUCACUGGCCCAGAGUCAGUGGAGGUAAGCUGGAGACCACCAGAGCACCCUAAUGGCAUCAUCACAGGGUAUGAACUCCGCAGAGAUGGUGAAGUUAUCUAUGUGGGCACAGAGACCCAUUACCACGACUUCACACUUUUGCCAAGCGUGGAAUACAGCUACGUUGUCAGGGCCAACAACAGCAAAGGGGCAGUGAGCAGCGUGGCAGCCACAGCAAAGACUCACCCAUCAGCUCCUUCUGGUGUUGCUCUCCCCACACUGACUCCUCUGGGACCAAGCCAUGUGAGAGCAGAGUGGAGUCCUCCAGCCCGUCCUAAUGGAGACAUUGUGAGUUACACAGUGUAUCAAAGAGAUCCAGUCCAGCUCAGCAUCACCAGCACUAUGUUCACUCCAGAGGAUAGUGACUUUUCUGACCAACACACCACUCUGCAUGGGCUGGCUGCUUACCAUAGGUAUGAAGUGAGGGUGGAGGCUUGCACAGCGCUGGGCUGCUCCUCCAGUGACUGGUCAUCUGUACUCACGCUGGAGGCUCCCCCUGCUGGACAAACAGCGCCACUGUUAGACCUCCAGCCUGACGCGCACACCGGCCUUCAGACCACCUUUCUACUCACCUGGUCCCCUCCAGCUCAGCCAAAUGGUAGAGUCCUUCAUUAUGAGGUGUACCGCAGACUGGACCGUACCACUGACACCCACAGAAGUGAUGCAGCAACACUUGUCUACAGGAAUAUCUCUACUACUUGCAAAGAUGAAGCACUCCAGCCGUAUGCUGUAUACCAGUACCAGGUGUGGGCAGUGAAUUCGGCCGGUCGUUCUGCCAGUCCGUGGGCCAAUGGGAGAACAGGACCUGCCCCACCUGAGGGUGUAGGCCCACCUAUUUUCCUGCGUGUUUUAGCAACCUCAGCAGUAGUGGACAUCCAUCCUCCAGCCCGACCCAAUGGGAUUGUUAGCCUUUACAGAGUGUUCUCACUGAACCACAACAACCACACUCUGCUCUCAGAGGGUACAUCCCAUCAGCAGACACUCCAUGGUUUACGUCCUUACACCAAGUACUGGGUAGGAGUAGAAGCCUGCACCUGUUAUCAGUGCUGUAGCCAGGGUCCACUGAGUGAGCUUCACACCCUGGCUGCCCCCCCAGCCCACCAGCCUCCUCCUCGCCCCGUCACCCUGACCUCCCGCUCUGUUCAGAUGGAAUGGGACGAGCCUCUGGCACCUAAUGGAGUCAUUGAAAGCUGUGAACUACAUUCCAGAUUAACUUGCCCACAGCCCCCCCAGCCUGUAGCCCUCCCUUGCAUUGAAGGACCAAUAGAAAUCUGUUUCUUUGGCACAAGGAAGACCUACAAUGUCACAGGUCUCCAACCGUACUCCACCUAUCAGCUCAGAGCUGCCUGCUUCAACAACAUGGGCAGCACUGCUUCCAACUGGACUACUGUCACCACACUCAGCGAAGCCCCCCAGUAUGUGUCUCCUUUCUCAGUGGACAGUAACCUGACAGUUAUUUGGCUGGACUGGGCGGGGUCCUUCUUCCUCAACGGGUACCUGAAGGAGUACAGUGUGACUGAGAGCCAGCUGAGGGUCUAUACUGGCUUCUACAGCUAUCUCCAUAUUCCACGCACCUCACAGAAAACUCUGUCAUUUCAGGUGACUUGUACCACAACCAGUGGCAGUGCCAGUACUCCCACCAUUAGAUAUAGCCCUGCCACAGGUCUAGGUCCUCUUGAGCCUGAAGACAGUGGUAAACAGGACGUGAGCAUGUCAGCAACACCAGUUUACUCUGAGCUGUGGUUCAUCUUGCUGUUAUCCCUGCUGGGUCUAUUUCUGCUGGCCUUACUGCUUGGCUUGGUGCUACAAAGAGCCCUGAGGAAGAAUCCAUCGGCCAGAGAGCGCCCUCCGCUGGUCAUGCUUCAGAAGACCAGGAAGGCUGGGGGAGAGAUGUACAUGUUUGACACUGUAGCAGACUGUGUUGAGAUCAGCAACGUUAUGCUAAAAAGCUACACUGUGUACACUGAGGGUCUGACAGACACAAAGAUAGUCGGUAGCAGCUCACGGUUCAGCCCCAUGUCUGUCCUGCGCGUUCCCAUCCAAACAGACCUCAGUCAGGCCUACUCCCAGCAUUCCCUGCACCGCAGCGUCAGUCAGCUGAUUGACAGGAAGUCACUUAUGAUGGAGGAAGGAAGCUGGGACAACCCACUGGGACAAGAUUCUGGACUGUAUGUGGAGGAAGAUGAGUUUGUGGACGCCAUCAAGGCCUUAAGUUCUGUGAAAAAGGAACACACCAUGUUCACUGACACUCACCUUUAAGACAAGAUCCUUACAUCUAAUCAGGUAUCACCGUUGCAAUUCAGACCUAGUUUCAAACCAAGACAGUCAAACAUUUAUACCUGGUAUUCGGACUGGGAAAUAUGAAAAAUUAUUUAGACAAUUUACAAUGCUUGAUAUAUAAUUUAGGAAGUCUUGAAACAUACUGUAAUAUUGUUCAUCCAUUGUGAAAUAUUGUUCACAACUGAUGACCAAUAAUCACUUUUCAAAAUGCACUGGGAGAGUGGUAAUAAUGUUUUAAUGAUGUUCAGAUCCAAAAUUGUAAAAAUAAAUAAAUAAAUAUUAAAAAAGCCAAGCCUGAGGCAAAGGGAAUAAUAAUGGUUGCAUGACUGCAGCAUUCAUCUUAAACAUUAUCAAAACAGGUGUUGUCUCAUUUUACCCCACUGCAUGUAUGACUCCCUGUAGGGACUUGAGUAGAGGCAGGGAUCCAACAUCCAUGGGUACAGUUCAGAUAUGGACAGCUGUGAUCGUGGAAGUUAUGAGUUAAAAAGUUACAGUAUAUUAGCUCCAUAGCUUGGAAGUUCUUAUCUGGAUUGUAAUUAUACAGUAGGUUAUAUCUCAAACCCUGUUCAGAUUACAUUCUUAUUAAAUUACUUUCAGCCAAAUGUUAGUAAUUAAGUAUUUAAAAAAUGCAGCUAUAGCAGGUUUGCUUCUCAUUCAGUCAAUCAAACCAGUCUAGAAAUCACCUCUUCUGCUUCAGCAAGCAAUUGUGCCUAGUCAGCUCACAUAUUAUCAGCAGCAAUAGCCCUUCAGUUGUAAUAAGACACAUGGCCUUGGUGUUAGUUUUAUGACAAAAAAUGCCAACUGUUUUUUUAAUGUGUUAAAUGUGGCUGGGAAUCACAGAUGUGCUGUCUGAUUGUUGUGAUUAUGUGAUGUAACUUGAAAGCCCAAUCUGAGAUUUUAUUUAUCAUAUCAGUUGUGGACAAACAGUUUACUGAAAUUUAAAUUCAGAAGGAACUGGACAUAAUGAAAUCAAGCUUUGUUCAACUGCAGUGAAGCUAAAUGUUUGGGUUCGAUUUCAUAGUUUUGCUGUCAGUGGAAUCCAGACGCAGUGUUGUUUGUCUGCUGCCUAAUUUUCUAAAGAAACUCUGUGAUGUCCUGUUUUGGUGUUAUAGCAGGAAUGAUGAACAUUGUUUAUAUUUGGAUUCCACAGAGCGUAGAAACAGCAUUUAUCGAAACAAGAUGUUGAAUUUCUGUGUAAUGUUUUGGGGUUUUUGUGUACAAAAUUGAAGCUGACUGUAUUGAUAUAAAACCUUUUCUUUUUUACACUGGCAGUAUUAUUUAUGGUUGUUGUAUAAAAAGUCUUAUUUAUAGAUGAUUCAUUGAUCAAUGUUUGUGUUAUAAAUAAUGGCCAAUGGUCAAGAAAAUA